AUGGCGAUGAAUUUUGUGACCUUCAACCAAGACUACAGCUAUCUAGCUGUUGGUACCUCCAAGGGUUUCCGUAUAUUCACGACGGACCCAUUUUCCAAGAGCUAUGAGACCAAGGAAGGAAACAUUGCCAUCCUGGAGAUGCUAUUUUCCACAUCUCUCGUGGCCCUCAUCCUAUCUCCACGACGUCUCCAGAUCAUGAAUACUAAGCGUCAAUCCACAAUAUGUGAACUGACGUUUCCGACAACCGUGCUCGCGGUCAGACUGAACCGGAAACGAUUAGUGAUAGUACUGGAGGACCAAAUCUAUCUUUACGACAUUCAGACCAUGAAGCUUCUGCAUACUAUCGAGACGUCGCCAAACCCUAACGCUAUCUGCGCAUUGUCGCCUUCCUCUGACAGCUGCUAUCUCGCAUACCCUCUUCCUCAGAAGGCCCCCCCUUCUUCAUUUGCGCCUCCAUCUCAUGCUCCUCCAGGAGCCACUCACAUCUCCCCGACAAGCGGCGAGGUGUUGAUAUUCGAUGCGCUGAAGUUGGAGACCAUCAACGUUAUUGAAGCGCAUCGAUCUCCCCUAUCUUGCAUUACCUUGAACAGUGAGGGUACCCUCCUGGCUACUGCAUCUGACAAAGGAACGAUCAUCAGAGUCUUCUCAGUGCCUGAUGGUCAUAAAUUAUAUCAGUUUCGCAGAGGUUCGAUGCCCUCGAGGAUAUACAGCAUGUCAUUCAACACGACAUCAACCCUUCUCUGUGUAUCCUCGGCCACUGAAACAAUCCACAUAUUCAAACUAAGCCAUCAGGGCCAGCCCUCUGGAGCUGCAUCCGCCUCCACAUCAUCUUCCCGUGAUCGGUCAGCUAGUCAGAGUUCUUACGGGUUGCCAUAUGAAUCCGAGGAACCAACCGGUGAUGACGAUCCAACCGAUAUAUCGUCAAGAAAACACAACGGCACCUUCAUGGGGAUUAUCAGACGGACAUCGCAGAAUGUUGGGAAUACCUUUGCCGCUACUGUCGGCGGUUAUCUCCCAAAGGGCGUGAGUGAAAUGUGGGAGCCGGCACGGGACUUUGCCUGGAUUAAACUACCUAAGUCGGGCCAAGGAUCCGGCGGAGUUGGCGGUUCAGGGCCAGUAAGGAGUGUUGUUGCAAUGAGUAAUAAUACUCCUCAGGUUAUGGUGGUGACCAGUGAAGGCAACUUCUAUGUUUUCAACAUCGAUCUCUCAAAGGGGGGUGAGGGUACUCUGACAAAACAAUACUCGUAAGUUCUUCUUGCUUUCGCAGACGGAAAUACAUCACUAAUCAUCUGGUUACUCAGAGUUCUUGAUUCGAACGACAAACUCGGCUCUUCUGUGAUGGAUUAUUGAAUUUCUAGCCAUAUCAUUAUACUCUCGUUUCUAGCGGAUCUUACUCUGAUUACUGAUUCCCAGGCUA